AUGGAGCUGGACAUCGCCAAGCAUUUUCAGCAGUUAUUAGACGGCAAGGAUAAUUUAAAAUCGACAGGUCAAGCAGCUAUUGAAACAUUGAUGCGAUGCAUCGAGAUCUCCAAAGCAAAAACAGUAAACGAACUGACGGAUGAAUUGAGGAAUGCAGUGGUUGCUAUGUCAUCAACUGACCAUAGUGUACCAUCUAUUCGAAGUGCCAGCGAAUUAUUUUUAAGGUUUAUAUCACUUGCUACGCCGGAAGAGAAUAUACAGGAAUUUAGUAUCUUAAUGCAUAAAUACAAGGAACGUGGAAAUAUUUUUCUUGAGCGAGUGGAAUUGAGCAAAACGCUGAUAGCAUAUUUUGCAAGGCCUUUUAUUCGAAACAAUAUGCGUAUUCUUACUCACUCAUACAGUAAAAUUGUAUUGGAAGUGUUGUUAUAUGCCGGGAGAGACGGCGUUAAUGCACAUGUAUUCGUUACGGAAUCCCGUCCUGAUAAGUCAGGCGAUAUCAUGAUCAAAGCAUUAAAAGAUGCUGGAAUUCAGUGUACAUUAAUAUUGGACGCCGGAGUUGGGUAUUUAAUGGAAACGAUUGAUUUGGUAAUGGUUGGUGCAGAAGGUGUUAUGGAAACUGGUGGUAUAAUAAAUAAAAUUGGUACACAUCCGUUGGCCGUAUGUGCGAAAGCGAUGCAUAAACCAUUUUUUGUUAUGGCUGAAAGUAUCAAAUUUGUUAAGGAAUAUCCUUUAAGCCAAAAUGAUAUACCGAUUGAAUUUAAGUAUACGGCAUCAACUCUGAAAAAGCAUAAGCUUGACAGCGAUUUUUCAAAUGAGCAUCCUCUUGUCGAUUAUACUCCACCACAGUAUAUUAAUCUGCUUUUUACCAAUCUUGGUAUUUUGACACCUGCGGCUGUUGGUGAUGAACUUAUAAAAUUGUAUGUAUAA